CGCUCACCGCAAGGAGAAAAGCCACCCAUCGCCCCCUCCCCUACCUCCCAUCCUUAGCCCCGGAGCUGCCUUCAUCGCAGUCACGCCCCUUCCUUCCGAGGAGCUUUCUGGCUGCUGAAGCUGGUAGACCCCCUGAUUUAUUCCUCCAUCUCUGCUCUCUUUCGCUUCAUCCUCUCUUAGUUCUUACCGUCCUCUCCACCCCCGCCUCCAGUCUGUCUCGCUUCUGACCAUCCGCUGCUCCACCCUCCGGCCCGGUAUCCUGCCUGUCCACUGCCACCAAGAAGAGCGCGGACGGAGCAGCGAGGAGGGGAGCAGCCCGGAGUUGGGGCGUCCCCGGUGCCCAUCCCUGGCCGCCGGCCCGGAACCGAAGCCACUUGAAGUCGUCACCUUGUCUGCAUUGCCUUCAGGGAGCUGCUGAGAAGGACAAAUAAGAUAACAGAAGUGAAAGAGCUUUUGUCUGCUUAGAAGACUUAGACACUAAAGAGUCCUCUGCAUUGCCAGAGCUGUCUGUUCACACCUCUGGUUUCCUGUUGGAUUGUGUCCCCUCUGCUUGACUGGGAACUCCUGGAGGACUGGAUUCUGUUUUAUUUCCCUUUUACUAUCCCCUCCCCCCCAGCCUAUUCAGUGCCUGGCUAUAAGUGACCAGUGCUUGGACUCUUGGCGGCGCUUACCCUGAACCUGAGUGUUAGGGGAGAGGAAUCUGCCGUUGCGGUUUCUGGAGCUGCUCAUAAGCAAGAAUUCCCUAUCCUGAUCAAGGCUUUAAGCCUAAAAGAAAGCAGAAAUAGGUCAAGGGCAGCCCAGGUGCCCAAUUUCUCUCUCUCUUCACAAGGCACCGCCAGCAAUAGAGAUGAGAAAUUCUGAAGAACAGCCAAGUGGAGGAACCACGGUAUUGCAGCGUCUGCUACAAGAGCAGCUUCGCUAUGGCAAUCCCAGUGAGAAUCGCAACCUGCUUGCCAUACACCAGCAAGCCACAGGGAACGGCCCACCUUUUCCCAGUGGCAGUGGGAACCCGGGCCCUCAGAGUGAUGUGCUGAGUCCCCAAGACCACCACCAACAGCUUGUGGCUCAUGCUGCUCGGCAAGAACCCCAGGGGCAGGAAAUCCAGUCAGAAAACAUCAUCAUGGAGAAGCAGCUUUCUCCUCGGAUGCAGAACAAUGAAGAACUCCCAACCUAUGAAGAAGCCAAGGUCCAGUCCCAGUACUUCCGGGGACAACAGCAUGCCAGUGUUGGAGCUGCCUUCUACGUUACGGGAGUCACCAACCAGAAGAUGAGAACUGAGGGACGCCCAUCAGUUCAGCGCCUUAAUCCUGGGAAGAUGCACCAGGACGAAGGACUCAGAGACCUUAAGCAAGGACAUGUCCGCUCCUUGAGUGAACGCCUGAUGCAGAUGUCACUGGCCACCAGUGGGGUUAAGGCGCAUCCGCCGGUUACCAGCGCUCCCCUCUCCCCACCACAGCCCAAUGACCUCUACAAGAAUCCCACGAAUUCCAGUGAAUUCUACAAGGCUCAAGGGCCACCUCCCAGCCAGCAUAGCCUGAAGGGCAUGGAACACCGAGGCCCCCCACCAGAGUAUCCCUUCAAGGGCAUGCCACCCCAGUCUGUAGUGUGCAAGCCCCAAGAGCCAGGGCUCUUCUAUAGUGAGCAUCGUCUGAACCAGCCAGGGAGAACAGAGGGGCAACUGAUGAGGUAUCAGCAUCCCCCUGAGUAUGGAGCAGCCAGGCCACCUCAAGACCUCUCUUUGCCACUGUCGGCUAGGAAUUCUCAGCCUCACAGCCCUACGCCUUCUCUCACUUCUGGGGGUUCCAUGCCCUUGUUGCAGUCUCCACCGUCCACUAGAUUGUCUCCUGCCCAACACGCCCUGGUCCCAAACCAAGGAGACCACUCAGCUCACCUGCCCAGGCCGCAGCAGCACUUCCUUCCCGGUCAGGCUCACCAGGGCGAUCACUACCGUCUCACCCAGCCCGGCCUCAGCCAGCAGCAGCAGCACCACCACCACCAUCACCAUCAGCAGCAGCCGCCGCAGCAGCCGCCGCCGCAGCAGCCGGGAGAAGCCUAUUCAGUGAUGCCUCGGGCUCAGCAGUCUGCUUCUUACCCACCCAUGCCUGCAGACCCCUUCGCCAUUGUCUCCAGAGCGCAGCAGAUGGUUGAGAUCCUCUCAGAUGAGAACCGCAACUUGCGGCAGGAGUUGGAAGGGUGUUACGAGAAGGUGGCAAGACUGCAGAAGGUGGAGACAGAAAUCCAGCGUGUCUCGGAGGCGUACGAGAACCUUGUGAAGUCAUCGUCCAAAAGAGAGGCCCUGGAGAAAGCCAUGAGAAACAAGCUUGAAGGCGAGAUUCGCAGGAUGCAUGAUUUCAACAGGGAUCUCAGAGAGCGUCUAGAGACUGCCAACAAGCAGCUUGCAGAGAAGGAAUACGAGGGGUCAGAAGAUACCAGAAAAACCAUCUCCCAGCUCUUUGCAAAAAAUAAAGAAAGCCAGAGGGAGAAGGAGAAGCUGGAAGCAGAGCUGGCCACUGCCCGUUCUACUAACGAGGACCAAAGGCGACACAUUGAAAUCAGAGACCAGGCUUUGAGCAACGCCCAGGCCAAGGUGGUGAAGUUGGAGGAAGAGCUGAAAAAGAAGCAGGUGUAUGUCGAUAAGGUGGAGAAGAUGCAGCAGGCCCUUGUACAGCUCCAGGCAGCCUGUGAAAAACGUGAGCAGUUGGAGCACCGUCUCCGGACACGACUGGAGAGGGAACUGGAAUCCCUCAGAAUUCAGCAGCGCCAGGGCAACUCUCAGCCCACCAACAUUUCAGAAUACAAUGCUGCUGCACUGAUGGAGCUCCUGCGUGAGAAGGAGGAGAGGAUCCUCGCCCUGGAAGCUGAUAUGACCAAGUGGGAGCAGAAGUACUUGGAGGAGAAUGUGAUGAGACAUUUUGCUUUGGAUGCUGCUGCCACCGUAGCUGCUCAGCGGGACACAACAGUCAUCAGCCACUCUCCUAACACCAGCUAUGAUACAGCUCUAGAGGCUCGCAUCCAGAAGGAAGAGGAAGAAAUCUUGAUGGCCAACAAGCGUUGCCUUGACAUGGAGGGCAGGAUUAAGACCCUUCACGCCCAGAUUAUUGAGAAGGAUGCCAUGAUCAAAGUGCUCCAGCAGCGUUCCCGGAAAGAGCCAAGUAAGACAGAGCAGCUCUCGUCCAUGCGCCCAGCAAAGUCUCUGAUGUCCAUUUCCAAUGCUGGAUCAGGCUUGCUCUCCCACUCUUCCACCCUGACUGGCACGCCCAUCAUGGAGGAGAAGAGGGAUGACAAGAGCUGGAAGGGAAGCCUGGGGAUCCUUCUGGGUGGAGACUACCGUGGGGAAUCUGUCCCUUCUACACCCUCACCGGUGCCGCCCUCAACUCCCCUGCUCUCAGCUCACUCUAAGACGGGCAGCCGAGACUGCAGCACCCAAACAGAACGGGGAACGGAACCGAACAAAACCACAGCUGUUGCUCACAUCUCUGUUCCUGCUCCAGUUGCUGCUGCCGCCACUGCUGCUGCCAUCACUGCCAAUGCUGCCACCAAUACUGCCACCGCUGCCACCAACACCACCACCAUGGUAGCUGCUCCAGUUGCUGCUGCUGCACCAGCUGUUGCUGCUGCCACUGCCACCCCACCGCCAGCAACUGCUGCUCUUGCUGCUGCUGUUUCUCCAGCUGCUGCUGCUCAGAUUCCAGCUGCUGCCUCUGCUGUUGCUCCUGCUGCUCCUGCUCCUACUCCUGCUCCUGCUGCUGCUGCCGCUGCUGCUGCCGUCGCUGCUGCUGCUGCUGCUGCUGCCGCUGCUGCUGUUCAGGUUGCUCCAGCUGCUUCGGCUCCGGUUCCAGCUCCAGCUUCAACUCCGGUUCCGGCUCCAGCAGCGGCUCAAGCUUCUGCUCCAGCUCCGACUCAGGCACCAACUCCAGCUCCGACUGUGGCUGCUACUCCAUCUCCGGCUUCAGCUCCAGCUGUGGGUCCGUCUGAGGCUCCUGCAAGUCCAGCUGCCGGUUCUGGACCACGUCGUUUGUCUAUACCAAGUCUGACCUGCAAUCCAGACAAGACGGAUGGCCCUGUUUUCCACUGCAAUACUCUGGAAAGAAAAGCUGCCAUUCAGAUCCUGGGACAGGAGCCUGAUGCAGAGAUGGUGGAAUAUCUCAUCUGAAGGGCCUAGUCAAGAGUUGCAGUUUAUCAGCAAGAAUGCUUUUAAUCAUUUUUCCCUUUUGUUGUUCUUAUGUUGAGGGUGAAGACAAGGGUGGGGGGAUGUUUUUAAGGACCUUUUUACUGAAACAACAUAGUACUUAAGUAAUACCAUACGAGUUCCAGCCUCUUCUGGUACACUUAGUGUGUACUUUUAAAGACAAAUUAAUCAGAAUGUGCUCUAAGGUUUAUUGUGGGGAUUUAUAAAAAUACUGGGACUUGUGAUAGCUGGAUAUAUGCCAAUGAUUUCAAUCUUCCUAAAUUUGUCUAGCAUUUCCAUACUUCAGAUCAUUUUUCAUUGAAGAGCACAGUAUGUUUGAAAGACAGUUUGUAACAUGUAGUUCAGAAGCGGGAAGCCGAAGAGAAUUUGUGUGCGUGCUGUUUUGCAUUGUUACCAUCUAGACAGCAUCCAGAGAGAGCUCUCACCUUGGGCUCAUGAAAGGAAAUAGUUUUAGGAGCUAGAUAAGCUGGAGAAAAGGCAGGGGGUACUAGAAUGUGGACGGGUGCUGGAGCUAAUUUUCCCUUCCAAUUCCCAGCUGCCCUGUGCCAGAGAAUUGUGUUUAUUUCAUUUCAGUGGUGCUUUGGAAGUGGAUUCUUUUGGUUCCCUCCUGGAGGUUAAUACAUUCAUAUAUAUACUUGGGAGUAAUUUAUGCAUUUGGAUAAUUAAUAUAUUGCUUUCAGAUGCUAGGAAAGUAAGUUAGCUGAGUGAUAUACAACUUCCUCUCUCUUAGGGGGAGUGAGACCAUCAGAGGCCUUAAUGGAUUGUUGCAUGAGUUGCUGUGUGCAGACUUUUGUGGUCAGUUUGUAGCCAGGAACACAGCUCACUGACUUUUCCUGAGACCAGUCUGCCUAGUGUUCAUUUCUUCUCCAGCACAGAUUCACUGGCUAGGUCACCAGUCUCAAAUUGCCAAUCAUUUGCAAAAUGAGGAAGCAUUUUUGGUGACCGGUCAAAUGCUUUGAAUUUCUGGUGACUUCUUUGAAAUUACUUCUCUUUUCCCAAAUUCUUAGCAUGACAUCUUAAAAGGCAUAUUUGCCUCGUACCUCCAAGGGAAUAGCAUCAGAAGCCCAAAGUACUGUGCUGCAGUUGCAGGAGAGGUGGGCUACAGCAGUAUACUUAGCUACUUCUUCUCACUGCCAGUGACUCCAUCUUGGAAUACCUUCUGGAGAGCAACAGAAAAUGCACGUGCAGGCAAGGACCAAGGAGGCCAUGGUUCCAGGCUCUGCCAGAGGGGCUGUCCCCAGAAACAGAAGGGCUGCCUUUUGCCAUAGGCCUCUGGUCUGUGUCACCUCUCUGCCCUUCAUUAAGGUGACAAAUCUACAGACAGUCUCAUUAAGAUCAGUUUUUUAGGGGUUUGGG